GUCACCCGAGGCUUAAUGUCACGUGUGCGUGACGUCAACGAGGCCUAUUCACUUUGGAAGUAGCGGUGACCCAACAGUAAUGGCAGCCGCGCUGGUGACAGCCGGUCGGCUGAGGACUUUGAGCUGCGCGGCUCUUCGCUCAGGGCUCUCGGCAGUAUGCCGCUUUCGACAUAAGGAGCCGAUCGCAGAUGGAAUCACGAAUCCACUUCGUUACAAAUCAACAUAUUCAGCACUUCCAGAUGAUUACAACUGCAAAGUGGAGUUGGCCCUGACAUCAGAUGGGAAAACAAUUGUCUGUUACCAUCCAUCGGUUGAAGUCCCGUAUGAACACACAAAGCCUCUUCCUCAGAAGGACCCAUUAACCAGCCACACAGAAACACAUGAGCUUGUCCUAAAGGCCAGACUUAAUGAUGUUAAAGCUAAACCUGAGCCAACGAUAGAAGAGCUUAGCAAAAUGUUUUACACAACCAAACAUCGUUGGUAUCCGGUGGGACAAUACCACAGAAGGCGUAUGAAGCAAGAACACCCAAAGGACCGAUGAUAUCUUCUAUUCCACAUUUUUUACAAUACAUAUCUAUCGUUCAUUCAAUGUUAAUAAAUAUUGCACAUUUCCUCAUAA